CGAACGCUGGGUUGGUUGCAUUGGAGUGUCGCGUCCGCGGAUAACGCAUCCGAGACCACGCGGUUUCGGUGUUUCCGCGCCUUGCCAGAAAAUUUUUCGAUAUUUCGGUGGUGGUUGUUGCUGUGAGUGACAGUGGUGGAUUCUUGUUGUGGUGGUACCAGUUGAUUUUUGUGUCGGGGAAGAGAACCGCAGAGAAAGCACCGAGGUGGUGCAAAUUUCGAGCGUCGUCUCAAAGACUCGAAUCAAUCGGCGGGUAAAAUGUGGCCGGGGUUCAGCCAGUUGGCGGUUUGCUUCUGUUUUUGUGUGGUGGUGGGCAACGGUUACCAUCAGAGAUACGAUUACAAAACGUACAUUGUGCAAAAGAGACCGACGACCACGACGACGGCGUCGCCGCCGAAGUAUCACAGUGUCGUCAGUGAUUACGGCAAACUGAGACACAGUGGCAGCCGAUUUACGAAGCUGAAUCGCAUCAAAUCGAAGAUCGAUGGCGUGAUUAGUGAUAGUGAGCAUAGAUUAAGGCAUCGGAAAUGGGACGAGGACACCACCACGACCACCACGACGACGACGACCACAACUGAGGAGAGCCUCUUCGCCAAUUACGGUGACUGGGAUGAUGAUGAUGAUGAGGACAUUGAGUACUCCGAUGACGAGGACUUGGACAGUUUGGAAGACGACGACGACAUGCAGGAUGACGACAUCGAAACGGUGGAGGAAAUCUUCUCCAACAACGACGACUUGGAUUACGAAGAACCGGAGAAAACCGUUUCGAGACCCGUCUCUCACACCCCACAAAAGAAGCGCAACAGGUUAAGGAUUGGCGACAAUAACGAUUUAGAUGAGGAGUACCAAGAUGAAGAAGCCACGGAAAAACCGUACGUGAGACCCGUCUCCCAAUUCACGUUACAAAAAUUUAACUCGUACGGGACGAGGGAACGAUUCGAGAAGACCCGACUUGAAGAAAUGACCAACCAGGAGAAGGCGCAGAACCACCGAAACAGGAUGUACUACGAGGAAGCCUGCAAGAUUCCCAAACCGAGGAUCGUCUACGUGCAAAACGAAUAUCCGAACGCUACCAAAAUUUAUCGGCCCCACUGCACGAUUUUGCAUCGAUGCACCAGCGACACUGGAUGCUGCAGGCACAGCUACCUCAAAUGCGUCUCCAAGAAACGGGAGCCUGUCCAGUUGUAUUUUUUCGCUAAAGAGAUGCACGAGAGGACUUUCGGUGUGGAGAAACUGACGUUCUUCAACGACACAGAGUGCGAAUGUAGAGAUGUGACGAAAAAUGAGUUUUCGCUGAUCAGACACAACAAUGGCAUUAAAUAUAAGUCGGCCAAUGAUAUCGAUAUUCCCGUACCUCAAUCGUUAAUCAAUUGCAGUAUUUCUUGGGUCUGCCCCGUGUGGUUCAAAGCCAAAGGCUCGCCGAAGGGGAAAUGCGAGUGUGACUGUGAUCCGGAUGACAAUGUGUGUCUUAGGUUUAAGAGAGGAGAGGAACGUUUCAGUCUGGAGACCAAGACGCGCAUAUCACAGGGUAAAUGCGGAUACCCGAAGUGUGAGUACGGUACUUACAGAGAGGAAGGCAGAUGUCCAACGAGAGAGGAUAUGGUGGUGUCGUCCCGUACAAUCCCGUAGAAAUGAAUGUGGAUGCUAUUUGAAAAUGUCGCGUAUAAUUUGUGUAAUUAGUACGAAUCUAGAAAAAAAAAUGUAUAGGCGGAUGAAUAGGUUAGGAUGAAGAAGACUAGACAAUUAAAUUUGAUUAUGCCAAUGAUGUUGACUCGAAGAACUUCUACAUAGUUUAGAGAUGAUGUUACAUUUUUUUUGAAGACUAAAGCCAUUCGCAACUACUAUAUAAUGACGCUUUGGAACGAUAUUCUUACUUUUUAGACGCUCACCAACUAGUAGUAUUUAUUAAAAAAAUAUUUAUAAAUUGUAUAACUGAAUUUUAUUCUAGAUAAAUGUAUAAAGUUGUUAGUGUUUAGUAAGUUAACAUAGACUUAGCUUUAAUCAGGAACGUAAACUCUAUAAAGCAAAAUUGAAAUGCGUUCCUGAUACCUUAUAUUCCAUUAGCAAUUGUGGAAAUUUUAGUCAACUUUUCUACUUAUGGCCAUGAACAAUACCAUUAAGUACCGUUGUAAUAUAUCUACCAUUACUCGAAUGUUAUUUUUAAGGGCAUACACAAUGUGAUUUAUAGUAUCUUAAAAUAAUUUUUUUUCACCAAAUAAAUAUUCGCAUUAUU